ACAAACAACGUCGGUCGAACCUCGUAACAAACAAAGCUGCCCACGGGGAAAGUGUUUAGCUACCCGUAAUUGCCACCGUCGUGUGGUGUAACUGUGCAGUGAACAGUGAAACCCUACUAAAAACGAAGUUCGGUGCUGGUCAGUGCUAAACAAUUGAUAUGAAUUGUAAAUUGUUUGGUAGCUGCGAACAAAAUACAGAACAAGUCUGAAUUCCCGUCAACGUCAGCUCGAAGAAGCAUAUUCAAUUGAUGUAAUACGAAACAAUAACAAAGUCCUGUGAAGCUUGGCUAGCCCGGUAAUAACAAGAAGCAAAUAUUUUUUUUUCUGGGCGCACGAAAAUGGAUUAUACCAACUUUCCCAACCUGACCAGCGUUUAUUCGCCCAAUCGUGAUGCGUGCCUAGUACUGAAUAAGACCAAAAUCUUGAUUAACCUAUACGAAGGUAUCCCGGAAACGUUGCUGUUGAAUGUGAUAGCGUGGUUCUUCUUGAUACUGUUGUUCACAUUGCUUCGCCAGCAAGCCUGGGAUUAUGGGCGGCUAGCGUUGGUGAACAGUCACGGUGAGAAUAAGCGCUGGACGCAGCUGUUUUAUGCCCAUGGCAAUGUGCCCGGAGGUGGUGGAGCGAUGGGAAGUUCGACGGAAACAUCGGACACACUCAACAGUCUCAGCAUUGAUCGGGGCUUUUUCUCCUGGAUAGUGGCUACAUUUCGUCUAACGAAGGAGCAAAUACUUACCCACAGUGGUCCGGAUGCAGUGCACUAUCUUUCAUUUCAGCGACACCUGAUCGUGGUGAUGGGUAUUAUGACAGUGAUUUCGAUAGCUAUUAUACUUCCGAUCAAUUUUUCUGGCACACUCAGCGGCGAUAAGAACUCGUUUGGGCACACGACAAUUUCUAACCUCGAACCAGACUCACCCUCGAUGUGGGCACACGUCGUGUUUGCUAUUGCCUAUGUACCGAUGGUGGUACUGAUCAUGCGCCGGGCAUCUGGCCGUAACGCUUUCAAAACCGCCCCGACGCGUACGAUUAUGGCGACCAAUAUUUCGCAAGGAGACUGCAGCAAAACCAUCAUAAGAACCUAUCUACAACAGCUGUUCCCGGACGUGUCGAUUGAAGACAUUCAAAUGGCGUACAAUAUAUCGAGCUUAAUAAAAGCGGCUGAAGAAUACGAACGGACAGUUGAGGCACGCAUCUACUGUGAAGCUCACCGUAAUCGGGAUGCGAUCCAGGCUCAACCAUCUUGUUUCAGUUGCGAGAAGGUAGAUGCAUUGGAGUAUUACAAAGAUCACGAGGCACGAUUAGCUGGAGAGGUGGCGCGAUUGCGUGCAUCAGCACUGAACGAGCCGCUCGGCAUUGCGUUCGUAACGCUCAACUCUGCCCAUGAGGCGCAACACGUUAUGUUGCACUUUAAGCCCGGAACGUAUCGAGAGUGGAACCUUUCGUUUGCGCCGGCACCAUCGGAUAUAUUCUGGGAAAAUCUUAACAUCGAUACCGCUCAGUGGUACUGCAAGUGGGCGACGGUUAACUUCGCGCUAUUUCUGUUCCUCUUUUUCCUUACCACUCCCGUCAUCAUUGUGAAUCAACUGGAUACGCUAUCGCUAACGAAAAAUACCACCUCACAGAUCAGCAAGAUUAGUCCGCUGGUUUCGGAAUUCCUGCCCACGUUACUGCUAUGGUCCUUGUCUGCACUGAUGCCAGUGAUCGUCGCAUACUCGGAUACGUGGUUGUCGCACUGGACACGCUCGCGACAAAACUAUCUUAUAAUGACAAAAACCUUUGGCUAUCUGCUGUUCAUGAUACUAAUUCUACCGUCUCUCGGUUUGACAAGCGCCCAGGCGCUACUGCAAUGGACAAUUGAGUCCAACGAUACGUAUCGGUGGGAAUGCAUCUUUUUGCCGGACAAAGGUGCGUUCUUCGUGAACUACAUCAUUACCGCCGCAUUCAUCGGUACGGCGCUCGAGUUGAUUCGCUUUCCGGAUCUAAUAUGCUACCUCUGGAAGCUGGCGACGGCAAAAUCGCGGGCCGAGACACCCUAUAUCCGUAAAUCGAUCCUUAUUACGUUCCCGUUUGGUAUCCACUACGCCUGGAUGGUGAUGGUGUUUACGACUAGCACAGUAUACAGUCUGGCCUGUCCACUAAUCAUGCCUUUCGCCAUGGUAUACAUUACGCUGAAACAUUUCGUUGACAAGCAUAAUCUCUUCUUUGCAUUCGCACCAUCGAAUAUGAUCAGCCAAGGUAGUGGGGGUAAGAUUCACAGCACUGCUGUGACAAUGACGAAAUUUUCGGUUGUCCUGUUGCUAAUUAUUAUGGCAGCGUUAGCAGUGGUGCGUACUGGACAGGUUGAACUGCGUGCGGUUGUACUAAUACUGGCGUUGUGCGCCACACUCGUCAUGUUCGCCUGCAUGUCUCCGAUCAAACGGUGCACAACUACACCGCUGCGCAUUGUCGAAAUGGAUGGGCCAGCUCCAAUCUACGUAGCGGAUGUAUUGAUAAACCGACGCAUGGUGUCGGACAGUCCGUCCCAUCUCAGCUAUGGGUCAGAUACGACCAUGAACAUUGUGAUGAAUGAUGCCGGUGUCAGUCACGUUGAGCUUGGAAAUACAUUCGUCACACACAUUGUGAAAAUGCCGUCUGCAAUUGGAAUCGAUUUGGGCACGACGUACUCGUGCGUAGGAGUGUUUCAGCAUGGAAAGGUGGAAAUCAUUGCCAACGACCAGGGCAAUCGAACGACACCGAGCUAUGUUGCCUUCUCGGACGCGGAGCGGCUUAUCGGCGACGCGGCCAAGAAUCAGGUGGCCAUGAACCCCACAAACACCGUGUUCGAUGCGAAACGAUUGAUCGGACGCCGGUAUGACGACCCGAAGAUUCAGGCCGAUCUGAAACACUGGCCGUUCACGAUAGUGAACGACUGCGGCAAACCAAAGAUUCAGGUGGAAUUCAAAGGAGAACGCAAGACGUUUGCGCCAGAGGAGAUCAGCUCGAUGGUGCUGACAAAAAUGAAGGAAACGGCUGAGGCAUACCUGGGCCACCCGGUGAAGAACGCAGUCAUUACAGUUCCAGCCUACUUUAACGACAGCCAGCGACAGGCUACGAAGGACGCCGGUGCCAUCGCGGGUCUGAAUGUGAUGCGCAUCAUCAACGAACCGACAGCGGCCGCAUUGGCUUACGGAUUGGAUAAGAAUCUGAAAGGCGAACGCAACGUGUUGAUAUUCGAUCUGGGCGGAGGAACGUUCGACGUGUCCAUACUGACCAUCGAUGAAGGCUCGCUGUUUGAGGUACGAGCCACUGCCGGGGACACCCACUUGGGAGGCGAAGAUUUCGACAACCGAAUGGUGGCACACUUCGUAGAGGAAUUCAAGCGCAAGUACAAAAAGGACCUAUCGAAGAACGCCCGGGCACUGCGACGCCUGAGGACGGCUUGCGAGAGAGCGAAGCGAACGCUUUCCUCCAGCACAGAGGCAACGAUCGAGAUCGACGCCCUGAUGGAUGGAAUCGACUACUACACGAAAAUAAGCCGUGCACGCUUCGAAGAGCUUUGCUCGGAUCUAUUCCGCUCUACGCUGCAUCCGGUGGAGAAAGCCCUCUCGGACGCAAAGAUGGACAAGAGCUCUAUUCACGACAUCGUCCUAGUGGGUGGCUCUACCCGAAUUCCGAAAGUACAAUCGCUGUUGCAGAACUUCUUCUGCGGCAAAUCGUUGAACCUGUCGAUCAAUCCCGACGAGGCGGUGGCCUACGGUGCGGCGGUCCAAGCGGCUAUUCUGAGUGGUGAUAAGGAUGAAAAGAUCCAGGACGUGCUGUUGGUCGAUGUGGCUCCACUAUCUCUGGGAAUCGAAACCGCCGGAGGAGUGAUGACGAAGCUGGUCGAGCGCAACUCGCGUAUCCCGUGUAAACAGACGCAAUCCUUCUCGACCUACGCGGACAACCAGCCGGGUGUAUCGAUCCAGGUGUUUGAGGGCGAGAGAGCGAUGACGAAGGAUAACAAUCUGCUGGGCCAGUUCGAUCUCUCGGGCAUUCCGCCGGCACCGCGCGGUGUGCCAAAGAUCGAGGUCACGUUCGAUUUGGACGCGAACGGCAUUCUGAACGUGUCGGCGAAGGAAAUGAGCACUGGCAAGGAGAAAAACAUUACGAUCAAGAACGACAAGGGCCGCUUGUCGCAGGCUGACAUCGAUCGCAUGCUGUCCGAUGCGGAGAAAUUCCGCGAGGAGGAUGAAAAGCAACGGGAGCGUGUUGCCGCGCGCAAUCAGCUCGAGGCGUACUGCUUCAGCCUGAAACAAUCGCUAGAGUCAGCCGGUUCGAAGCUAAACGAAAGCGACCGCAAAACGGUAGCGGACCGGUGCAACGAGACCUUGCGCUGGAUCGAUGGGAACAGCAUGGCAGAGAAGGAAGAGUACGAUCACAAAAUGCAAGAGCUUACGCAAUCCUGCAGUCCGAUCAUGACGAAGCUGCAUCAGCAAUCAGGAGCCGGUCCAUCGCCGACCAGUUGUGGACAGCAAGCUGGCGGGUUUGGUGGACGUUCAGGACCAACAGUAGAGGAAGUGGAUUAAGAGAAGAAAAAUGCGUCCAGUUUCAGCGAUAAUGCCGCCAAGGCGAACAAGAAGACUGUGUUAAUAACUGUACACAAAUAUGAAUAAGUAUUUGAAUAGGAAAAUAAUGUAUUACUUAUAUUAUUCAGUUAUUUGCUGUAUCGCAAGAAAUGUUCCUCGUUGAAUAAAGGAUGAUAAUUGAAAGUAGAAUAUGAAAAAUGUGUUGAACUUUAAUCGUUCUGGGGGUUUACAUUAUGUUUCACCGUGUAUUGGUUGAGAAUGGGUUUGUUUUGAAGUAAUUUUGAAUGCCACGAUACACUUUGUUCAAUUUAAUCAUUCCUCCAUAUUUACAGUUCUUGUAAAGUAAAAUAGAAACUA